CAGCUACUGUCGGUGUGAUGCAUCAUUUCCGCUUCCGCUUUCCCUCUGAUUGCAUCAGUUCCCUGUCAUCAGUUCGUCAAAGUUGGCAGCCGGAGAAAGAAAGACAUUGAUCAUGGUGGAGCCUGUUCCUGAAUCCAUCCACUUCCCUUCUGAGGAGAAGAGGAUCCUGCAGCUGUGGAAGGACAAGGACUGCUUCCAGGAGUGUCUCAAACAGUCCAAGAACAGGCCCAAGUACACGUUCUAUGACGGGCCUCCGUUCGCCACAGGUCUCCCCCACUACGGUCACAUCCUGGCAGGGACCAUCAAAGACGUCGUGACUCGCUUCGCCCACCAGAGCGGCUUCCACGUGGACCGCCGGUUCGGCUGGGACUGUCACGGCCUGCCUGUGGAGUAUGAGAUUGAUAAGACCCUGGACAUCAAGGGACCGGACGAUGUGGCCAAGAUGGGGAUUGCUGAGUACAACCGGCAAUGCAGGAUGAUCGUCAUGAGAUACGCUAACGAAUGGGAGAACUCUGUAACCAGGAUGGGACGGUGGAUUGACUUUAAGAACGACUACAAGACUCUGUACCCCUGGUUCAUGGAGACUGUCUGGUGGGUGUUCAGGCAGCUGUAUGAUAAAGGUCUCGUGUACCGCGGGGUGAAGGUCAUGCCCUUCUCUACCGCCUGUAACACGCCGCUGUCCAACUUCGAGUCUAACCAGAACUACAAGGAUGUGCAAGAUCCGUCGGUGAUAGUGAACUUCCCCCUUUUGGAAGAUGAGAACGUGUGUCUGAUCGCCUGGACAACCACACCCUGGACUCUGCCUAGCAACCUGGCUCUCUGCGUCAACUCAGAGUUGCAGUAUGUCAAGGUCAAAGACAACAGCACUGGGAAGGUGUACAUUAUGAUGGAGGCCAGGCUGGUAGCACUCUUCAAGACAGAGGAGGAAUACACCAUCAUGGACAAGUUCCCUGGGAAGACGCUGAAGGGGAAGAAAUACAAGCCUCUGUUUGACUAUUUCAGGAAGUGCGGGGAGACGGGGGCCUUCCAGGUGGUGAUGGACAGUUAUGUCAGAGAGGAGGAGGGGACAGGAGUCGUCCACCAGGCGCCAUACUUUGGAGCUGAUGAUUACCGUGUGUGUAUGGAGAACAACAUCUGCCAGAGAGACCAGGCUCCUGUCUGUCCUGUCGACUCCUCUGGGUGCUUCACUGAUGACGUCACUGACUUUGUGGGACAGUAUGUCAAGGAUGCUGACAAGAACAUCAUCAAAUGGCUGAAGGAAAGGGGUCGUCUGGUCAACAGCGGCUCUUUCAAGCAUAGCUACCCUUUCUGUUGGAGAUCUGACACCCCUCUGAUCUACAAGGCUGUUCCCAGCUGGUUUAUUCGGGUCGAACACAUGGUGGAGAAGCUGCUGGAAAACAAUGACAAAUGCUACUGGGUUCCUGAGUUUGUGCGGGAGCGUCGUUUUGGUAACUGGCUGAGGGAUGCGCGUGAUUGGGCCGUUUCCAGGAACCGCUAUUGGGGCACGCCCAUCCCCCUCUGGUGCAGCGACGACUUUGAGGAGGUGGUGUGUGUAGGAUCCAUGGCUGAGCUGGAGGAGUUGACAGGAGUGAAAGUAACUGAUCUGCAUCGGGAGAGCAUUGACCAGUUGACUAUCCCGUCCCGCUGUGGUAAAGGCGUGUUGCGCAGGGUCACUGAGGUGUUUGACUGCUGGUUUGAGUCGGGCAGCAUGCCCUACGCCCAGGCCCACUACCCCUUUGAGAACAGGAAGGAGUUCGAAGACACCUUCCCCGCUGACUUCAUUGCUGAGGGCAUCGACCAGACCAGAGGAUGGUUCUACACCCUCCUGGUGUUGUCCACAGCUCUGUUUGGAAAACCACCGUUCAAGAACGUCAUCGUCAACGGACUGGUGCUGGCCAGCGAUGGACAGAAGAUGAGUAAACGCAAGAAGAACUACCCUGAUCCAGGUCUGGUUGUGGAGAACUAUGGAGCUGAUGCCCUGAGGCUCUACCUAAUCAACUCCCCGGUAGUGAGAGCUGAGAACCUUCGUUUCAAAGAGGAAGGAGUCAGAGAUGUUCUGAAGGAUGUGUUCCUCCCCUGGUACAACGCCUACCGCUUCCUGGUCCAGAACGUCCAGCGUCUCCACAAGGAGGACGGCAUCAGCUUCCUGUACAACGAGGCCACAGCCAAGCGCAGUGACAACAUCAUGGACAAAUGGAUCCAGUCCUUCACCCAGUCUCUCAUCCAGUUCUUCAAAGCUGAGAUGGAUGCUUACAGGCUGUACACGGUGGUGCCAAAGCUUGUCAAGUUUGUGGACAUGCUGACCAACUGGUACGUGAGGACUAACCGUAGGCGUUUCAAGGGAGAGAGUGGAACAGAGGACUGUCUGGGGGCUCUGGAGAAUCUCUUCAGUGUUCUGUUCUCCAUGUGCAGACUGAUGGCUCCCUUCACCCCAUUUAUUACAGAGAUGAUGUACCAGAACCUGCGUCACCUGAUCGACCCCACCUCUGUAGAGGAGAAGGACUCCAGUAGCAUCCACUACCUCAUGCUGCCUCUAGUCAGGGAGUCGUUGAUUGACAAGCGUAUAGAAAGUGCGGUGUGUCAGAUGCAGUCUGUCAUUGAGCUUGGACGAGUCAUCAGAGACCGCAGGACUCUGCCCGUUAAGUAUCCCUUAAAGGAGGUGGUAGUGAUCCACCAAGAUCCAGAAGCUCUGAGAGACAUCACCUCCCUGCAGAAAUACAUCCUGGAGGAGUUGAAUGUCCGCCAGUUGACCUUGUCCACGGACAAAGACAAGUACGGCAUCAGCCUGCGGGCUGAACCGGACCACAUGGUGCUGGGAAAGAGGCUGAAAGGAGCCUUCAAAUCCAUUACGGCGUCCAUUAAAGAACUGAAGAGCGAACAGCUGGAGACCUUCCAGAAGACUGGCUCCAUCGUGGUGGACGGUCAGGAGCUUCAUGAGGAAGACCUGAGGUUGAUGUACAGCUUCAACCAGACCUCUGGGUCAGCGACACAGUACGAGACCCAUUCUGACUCACAGGUACACACACACACACACACACACACACACACACACACACACACACACACACACACACACACACACACACACACACACACACACACAGCUUCAACCAGACCUCUGGGUCAGCGACACAGUACGAGACCCAUUCUGACUCACAGGUACACACACACACACACACACACACACAGCUUCAACCAGACCUCUGGCUCAGCGAAGCAGUACGAGGCCCAUUCUAACUCACAGGUGCUGGUGCUGUUAGACGUCACUCCAGACCAGUCCAUGCUGGAUGAGGGUGUGGCUCGUGAGGUCAUCAACCGCAUCCAGAAACUACGCAAAAAGGGUCACCUGGUGCCGUCUGAUGAGAUCACAGUGUACUACAGCUGUGAGCCGGCAGGUGAUUACCUGGACCAUGUGAUCCAGGCCCACACAGACUUCAUCCUUGCAACCACCAAGGCACCACUCAAGACUUACCCCGUCCCCAAGGACUCCAGCGUCAUCGUGCAGGAGAAAACACAGUUGAAGGGUUCAGACCUGGACCUGACCAUAGUGAAGGGAGCAGCCGCCGCUCGAGUUCCUCUGACUGGACCAGCCUGUGCCUACAUCAACCUCCAACUCAAACUCAACAACAAGGAACAAGAGGGUGUGGUUCUCCUGGAGAACCCUAAAGGAGAUAUCUGUCUGGACAUGGCCAAGCUGAGACAGGUCUGCUCCAGUCUCUUUGGUCUCAACAACACUAAGCUCUGUGUUUUCAACGGCAAGACUGAGUUGACUGGUAAGUGUGAUCUGCUGUCUCUGAAUGGGAAAACCCUGUCGGUGACAUCAGGCUCCAAUCCCAGUGACUCCUCUCCCAACUCUGACACUCUGGUGUGUCCCUACGUCAACCUCCAACUGGCCAACUGUCAGCCUGCUGAGUGUCAGAGUGGAGAUGUGGGGACCCUGCUGCUGGUCAAUCCUGUCGGACACGACUACCUGACCCACAAUGCUUUGCUGUCUGAGACGGCUAAGUUGUUCGGCCUCCGCGGCCGUAGGCUGAAGCUCUACCUGGACGAUGCGCUCACCCAAGAAAUCCCAGCAGAGUGGUCAAUGAAGACGCUGGACAGGAAGACUCUGUACGUUGGAGUUCUGCCCACCACUGCAGAGGCAUAGGACCGGGAACAGCCAGACUGUAGAAGAGGGAGGAACAGCCACAGUGUAGAAGAGGGAGGAACAGCCACAGUAUAGAAGAGGGAGGAACAGCCACAGUGUAGAAGAGGGAGGAACAGCCACAGUGUAGAAGAGGGAGGAACAGCCACACUGUAGAAGAGGGAGGAACA